AAGUACUGAGUACGUCAAGAUGCUGCUGCAGCAAAGUAGAAAAAAAUUGCAAAUAAAUCGACUUACUGCGUCUGUAACACAUGGCAUCAUGAAUAUUAGAGAUACUUGUUAUGGACUUGAGUGAAGAUAGUGACCACCAUAACAGGUAAAAUAAGAAGGCAUGUCACGGGUUGUUAUUGUACCAGUAGGUAAUGAUGAAAGCAUUGCCGUCCUCGUCUCUCAGAACAACGUAAGCGGACUAGAGCAGCUCUGGCAGAGUGGACAGAUAUGUUUUGGAGCAAAGACGACAGAAGGAGGUUGCUCUAACCCAGACUGCAAUGCCAGAGAACAUGGAGAAGACCUGAUAUGGGCCGCAGUACAGUAUGGGCAUUGUGAUGUGAUCCGCUGGUUGAUAAGUCAUGGUGCUAACCUGGCUGUGGGGAACUCACGAGAUCACUGGAAGAGACAGCCUGUCCACUUUGCAGCCUGUGACGGUCACAUUCCACUGCUGCAGGUGUUAUUAACCUCUGGUGUUAAUGUAAACACACUGGAUGCUGAGGAGAGGACACCAUUACAUUGGGCGGCUACAUUUGGUCAACAUGAAGUCGCCAAAUACCUCAUCAGCUGUGGUGCUAAUGUCAAUAUAGAUGCGGCACAGAAUAAUGGGUUCACCCCCCUCCAUGCUGCAGCGUGUUUAGGGCACACUAAACUAUGCAAGCUGUUUCUAGAGCAUGGAGCAGCAAUCAAUGAGGCAGAUAAGGACGGCUGGACAACACUCCACGUAGCUUCGUGUUACUACUAUCCAGAUAUAGUCAAAUUGUUACUGGAUCAUGGAGCCAGUGUGAACCAGGAAACCGUAGACAAACAAACAGCUCUACAUAUCUGUGUAGAGAACCGUGACACAGUCCUAGCAGGUAUGCUGAUAGAGGCUGGGGUGGCUCUGAAUUUGAAAGAUAAAAGAGGCUACACUGCCUUACACUGGGCUGUGUACCAUGACAAAAUACUGAUGGUGAAAUAUUUGAUCAACUAUGGGGCUGACCUGAACACUGUGAAUGAGAAACAGCAGGGUUUGCUGGAGACGGCGCUAACACAGGCAGACACCAACAUGAUCCAGCUUCUUCAUGCUGCAGGAGCCAAUAUUUAUCCUGAACUAAAUUCCCAUAACCAUAUCCAACAAAUACAUACUCUUCGACAGUUUGAAAAUAAUUGCUAUGUAUCUAUCAAUAGAAAUGUUAUUGAAGCAUUAGCAACUAACCCACGUAAACUUCAAGAGUUGUGUUCCUUGAGAAUCAGGUCUUGUCUGAAACCCAACUACCAGCAACAAGUUCGGUUUCUUCCAUUGCCAGCUGAGAUGAAGUCUUAUGUUGCAUUAAAACAUUUGUGAAGUCUUUAAACAAUUAUAUUUUUUAGUGAGAUGAGGUAUUAUUAUUGUUUCAUUGAUUUUAAAGCAUAAUUAAUUCACAGAGAAAGAACAUGUUGUCCAAUAUAUUUAAAGAAUUAGAAAAUAUUAGCUAACUGAAAGACAAGAUUCAUGGGAUUUUUUGGUAAUUUGUUCAUUCCGUAAAUAUGUGAGCUCUUAACUGAAAGAAUGAUAAUAAACACAAGAGGUAGUCAACACCUUCACUACCUUUUAUUUACUUUAUGGUAAAUAUGACUCCUUUUUUGCAUCACUGGUAAUAAUCGCCAAAUGACU